AUGGCUGCGCAAGUGGCACCAGUCCCGGCCGCGUCUAAUAACAAGAGCAAGACUUUACCGGGGGUUUUGGGACAAGAUUUAAACUCCGGGAAACGCGCAGGAGGAGGAAUAGCGGAACUGAGAGGCGCGAAUAAUAAUACUAACAACACUACCACUAAUAAUAAUAACAAUAACCAUCAUGUGGAUCGGCGCUGCGAGGACCUGAGCCGGACUGGUGGGAGCCUAACAACUUCGGUCUCAUCCUCAUCAUCAUCCUCAUCAUCUUCAUCGUCUUCAUCCUCGAUGUCGUCGGGCUCUCCGGGUGUAGACACGGGUGGGUUUGUGGUGAACCAUAAGCUGAAGCACGCGCCCGGAGAUCUCCAUCUGAACCAGUUUCACGGGAACCAGCGCGCCGCGCAGAAUAACCAGGAGAGCCCUGCGGACAGUCAGAGGCUAGGAGGCAGGGAGACCGGGCUGGGAGGCACGCCUGAUCAACACAUGUUCAGUGCAGUGAAAAGUGCAGAAGAUCAGCCUUGUAGAACCUCGGAGCACAUGAGUAAGAGCAGCAGGUACGAGCAAGGCAAUUUGGCACCGCAUCUCCAAGCCUCCCAUGCCCAGGGCGCAGCAGCAGGAGGAGCAGGAGCAGGAGGAGCAGGAGGAGUGAAAACACCGGUUUCUGACUUCAAUCACUAUUUUGGAAGUUCAAGAUCAGGACCCUGCUUCGAUCAGCACGGCGCGCAGCAGGGCUUUGGCACUUUGAUGUAUCCCGCCACUUCUAAUCAUCAUGUGGAAGCCUCACCAAACUCGCACGAAGGCCAUCAGAAGAGUCAGUACGGCGCGUACCCGGGCUACGGGGCUGCGGGAUACAGUAACCCGGCCUCAACUCAGGCCAAAUGCGCUCCGGUUGGGGCGAUGAACAACGCCGGGGGGUUUUCACGUUUCCCGGGACAGAAUCAGCAUCCAUCGGGAGCGACCCCCACCCUGAACCAGCUGCUCACCUCCCCCGGGCCCAUGAUGCGAUACUAUGAAUACAGCGGCGGCAAAGACGCGAGCUCUCAGUACGGGUGCGGGAGCGCAGGGUGGCCGGGACAGAGGGCUCAUCCCGGGGCUGCGAACAGCGCGCAGAGCGCCACCCGGGGCCAGGUGGGUUCUAUGGACUUCAUGGUGAUGAAGCGCUCCCAGAUGUACGGGAUGAGCAGUAGCCCGUACCCUCAGCAGCAGCAAGGUGUCCCUUAUCCCAGUCAGCCCUACGGAUCUCCUUCUACACACAGAUACCCGAUGACCAUGCAGGGCAGAGGACAAAUCGGCAUGGGUGCGAUGCCAUAUCCUCAACAACAGGUUCCUGCCCAUUUUGGCCAGCAGGGCAUGGGAGGGUAUUGUCCUCAGGGCCAGCCCGGGUACUACGGCCAGUCUCAGCAAUCCCAGCAGCCUCAGCAGCAGACACCCUUCAGCCAGCCUCGUACCAGCACACAGCAGCAGGAGACCCAGGAGAGCUUUGGAAGCCGAAGCCAGCCUGCUGGGAAUGCUGGGAAACCCAACCAUGAUGAGAUGGGAUUGAUCCAGCAGGACCGUCCUUCCAGCUUACCUGACCUGUCAGGCUCCAUCGAUGACUUGCCCAUGGGAACCGAGGCGCCUCUCAACCCAGCCAUCAGCGUCUCUGGUCCCCCCAACAGUCAGGGAGACCAGGGGAACCAGUCUCAGUCUCCGUUUUCACCACACACCUCUCCUCGUGUUUCCAACAUGCGGCCUGGACCCUCACCCCCACCGGUAGCCUCCCCCAGUCCCGCCGGAUCCAACCAGAUCUCUCCUACCAACGGCCCAGGGUCCCAGCUGGCACCACAGACCCCUGGGAACUUACCUGACACUGGCUCCAAUUCCAGCAUGAACCAGAUUCCCGUGGCUCAGGACAGAGCCUUUAUGCGAAGGAGUCAAAACCAGUAUGGCCCUCAGCAGUCAGGACCGCCCAUGUCCCCACAUCUGUCAACCAGAAACCAGAUGCAGCACGGGAUGAGCGCCUAUCAGCACAACUCCACUGGUUCCUACGGCCCCCCGAGUGGUCCCUACGGCCCACAAGGGAACUACUCGAGACAUCCCUAUGGAGGAAUGAACAAUGCUAACUGCAGUGGUUUGGGGUCUGGAAUGAGCAACAGCCUGGGCAUGAACGCCAGCAGCCCCAUGCACGGGCAAGGGCCAGGGCAACCCAUGUCCAUGAGCCGUGCCCCCGGACCCCCCGGGAAUCGGGUCUACCUGGGUGGAGGGAACAGCAUGGCGCCCACGUCUCCCAGCAUGCCGCAGUCCGCCGGACCGGGCAUGGGGCCUCCUGUAGGAAACGUGAAUCGUAAAACUCUAGACGGGCCGAUGGCGACGAUGCAUCCGACAGGCAACUCUGCACAGGGGAGGCAGGGUGGUUACUGUGGAAUGAUGGGUACCGUCUCGUCAUAUAGCCACCAAGUGGGAAAUGCGACAGCGAUGAUGUCACCACAGAGCUGCAGCUCCACCACAUCUCCGUCAGGCCCCAUGGGGGAGGGUGGAGAGGUGCCAAUGUCUGCAGACUCCAAGCAGAAAUCCAGCAGUAAAGAAGAAGUGAUUCCUGUCGCUGAAUCUCACAAACCUCCGAAGGACGGUUCCAGCUCCCAGUGCGGCUCGGAGCCCCCGACCCCCUCGGCCCUGACCCCCAGCCCCGCUAGUCUGUCCUCGUACCACGGGGAUGACAGCGACAGCAUCAGCAGCCCUGCAUGGCCCAAAACUCCCUCCAGUCCAAAGUCAGGCUCGGGCUCCAUAACCAAUGACAAGGUCUCUCGGCUGUACGAAAUGGGAAGCGAGCCGGAGAGAAAGAGUUGGGUGGAUCGCUACGUGUCCUUCAUGGAGGACAGGGGGACGCCGGUUCCUCACCUCCCUGUCGUGGGCAAGAAACAGCUGGAUCUGUGCAAGUUCUACAUGACUGUAAAGGAGCUGGGUGGCCUGGCCAUGGUGAACAAGAAUAAAAAGUGGCGCGAGCUUUCCUCGGCGCUCGGUUUGGGCACGUCCAGUAACGCGGCUAGCUCUCUGAAGAAGCACUACAUCCAGUACCUGUUCGCUUAUGAAUGUAAGGUGGAGAGGGGGGAGGAGCCUCCGCCCGAGUCGUGCCCGCGCACCGACGCCAAGAAACAAGGCAAAGUGGAGCCGCCGUCUCCUGCCACCUCAGGCUCUCUACAGGGACCUCAAACCCCUCAGUCCACGGGCAGCAGCUCCCUGCCUGAGAUGCCCAGUGAGCUAAAGCCACCCACACCAGCCACAACGCCACAGGGGCACAUCAGUAUCCCAGGCAACAGCAAUAAUUCAGUCAGUAUUCAAGACCCGUUCUCAGACUGCAGUGAUCCUGCGUUCCAUAAGAGGAACAUGCUGAGCUCUGGAGGUUCUUAUCAAUCAGCCCUGAACCCCAUGGACUCCAUGAUGAGGAUGCAGUAUGACAAUAAGGACCACUUUGCAGGAAUGAGGAAAGCUGUAGGUGGAGAGCCUUGCAUGCCCGCUCAGAUGACCCCUGCUGGCAUGCAGGACAUCUAUGGCAGGAGUCCCUCGAGUGGCCCCAUGGCAGGGCUGGGUAUGGGUCAGCGCCCUCAGUACCCUUACGGGCAGGGUUAUGACCGCAGAUCAGACCAUUUAAUGGGGGUGGACGGGAGUCUGGGUCCCCAUGGAAAUCAGAGCAACAUGAGUCACGCCAGUAAUGAUGGCAGCAUGUACUCUCCUAACAGAUACCACAAUCAACAACGACAUGAUGGCUACGGACAGCAGUAUCCUGGUAUGCCAUAUGGCGUCCACCCUCCAGGGAUGUACCCUCAGCAGGGCUAUAAGCGACCCCUCGAUGGAAUGUAUAGCCCCCCCGCUAAGAGGCAAGAAGGAGAACUUUAUGGGAUGCAGUAUGGAGGCCCACAGACAGACAUGUACAGUCAGUAUGGAGGAAAUUAUCCAGAGCGCCGGCCCAUGCAGACUCCCUUUCCUUAUCCGUAUAGCCGUGAGCGGCUACAGAACGCCAGCCAGGGGCCUCAGCAUCACUCUGUCCAGCACGGCAUGAUGGGUGCCGGACAUUCAGCACCCACAGCAGACGGCCCAACACACAUGUGGCCUUCAAGGACAGACAUGGCCUAUUCUUACUCUAGCAGACACGCGACACCUAGUCAGAGCUCUCCGUACCCAGGGAUGGGACGCAUCGAGGACAUGGAUGGAGUCCGAACAGACAAUCAGUGGCCCGGGCAUCAACGCCAAACACCGUACAUGUCUGGUCACUCUAACUCCAUGGCUCUUAUGUAUUCACGGCCUCCUUCUUCCUACCAGACCUCUAACCAUAUCUCAUGUGAACCGAGCCCAGGGUCUUUCCAGCGCUCUAUGGAAGGGCACAUGCAACCCAACAAGAUGGCCUUCAUGCAGUCUAUGAAGAUGCACAAGCCGGGGAUGCCGGUGCCCAGUGGCUCGGCGAGUGGAGUCCCAGGUCAGAUGCCACCCAACAUGAGGAGAGACUAUCCGAUGGGGUGUGUGGAAGGGACCCAGCCUCUACUGAAACCGCGACGCAAAAUGACCUCAAAAGACACCGGAACCCCAGAAGCCUGGCGAGUAAUGAUGUCACUCAAGUCUGGUCUUCUGGCAGAAAGCACAUGGGCUCUGGAUACAAUCAACAUCCUCCUUUAUGAUGACAGCACUGUAGCAUCGUUCAACCUGACACAGCUGCCUGGAUUCCUAGAGCUCAUCGUUGAGUAUUUAAGAAGAUGCCUGAUCGAGAUCUUUGGCAUCUUGGAGGAAUAUGAGAUCGGGACUCUUGGCCAGAAGACUCUGCUUGGUCCAGAUGAGGAUGAAAAAGAGCAAGACUCGCUCAAAUCAGACACUUCAUGUGAGCCAGAGACCAGCCAAGAGCCAGAGAAAAACUCCAUGGACUCUCCUCCUGCGUCUUCUGAGACAGACCGGGAGUUAAAUCAGGAAGGCGAGAAUAAGGAUGAAAUGUUGCGAAAUGAUAGAGAUGAGAAAGAUGAAAAUAGAACUGAGGAUAUUAAGGAUCCUCUCGAGGGCCAUUCAUCAACAGUGCCUGAACCCAGACCCAAACAAGCCAGCAAGUACGAUAAGCUGCCUGUCAAGAUUGUUCCAAAAGAUGACUUCAUGGAGGAUAUUUCUGACGAGCUUGGCCAUGUGCAGAAAUUCGACAGUGGAUUACUUCACUGGAAAGCAGGCGGUGGUGACUCCACGAGCUACAUCUUAACACAUUUUGAGAGUCGUGAAGAUUGCACAACUAAUAGCGUCCAGAACAAACAACACUGUUGUGCUUCAAAGUCGGACACGUACAGCACCCCGGUUGCGACUAUAGACGUUGUUCUGUCCCCACGGCUGAGGGAUCUCUGUGGGGAAGAAAACUCAUCCACCUCCUUAAACAGUUCCUCACAUUCAUUACGCCUUUUCGAGAACCAGAAAGGGAUCACUCUAUUGGAAGAUGAACCUCACUGUCCAGACGAACCUCCGCUGUGCACAAAAUCCAGCUGGCAGGAAUCUCUGGGCAAACGCUGCAUUUGUGUCUCUAACAUUAUCCGCAGUCUCUCGUUCAUCCCUGGAAACGAUAGCGAGAUGUCCAAGCAUCCGGGCCUGAUUCUGAUCCUUGGCCGAUUGCUGUUGUUGCACCAUGAGCACCCGGAGAGAAAGAGGACUGUCCCUAGCAACGAAAAAGAUGAGUUCCAUAAGGAGGAAGAACUCAAGCCCUGCAGCAGGGAUGAGUGGUGGUGGGACUGUCUGGCAGCGCUGAGGGAGAACACUUUAGUCACGCUGGCCAACAUUGCAGGCCAGCUGGACCUGUCGAUUUACCCGGAGAGUAUAUGCCUUCCCGUCCUCGACGGCCUGCUCCACUGGAUGGUGUGUCCUUCGGCCGAGGCCCAGGACCCUUUUCCUUUGGCAGGGCCGCAUUCACAGCUCAGUCCAAAAAGGCUGGUACUGGAAUGUCUGUGCAAGCUCAGCAUUCAGGACGGCAACGUAGACCUGAUCCUGGCCACACCGCCCUUCAGUCGUCAGGAGAAGUUCUUCGCCACACUGGUGCGUCAGGCGGGAGAGCGCAAACUGCAAGUUUACCGCGAGAUGGCAGUGGCCGUGCUGUCCAACCUGGCUAGAGGGGAUCCUUCGGCGGCGCGCGGCAUCGCCAUUCAGAGAAACGGUGUUGGCAACCUUGUAGGCUUCCUAGAAGAUGGAAUUGCCAUGACUCAGUAUCACCAAAACCCACACAGCCUGCUGCACAUGGGUCAUCCUCCUAUGGAGCAACCCAGCGUGAGCAUGCUGUGUCGGGCAGCCAAAGCGCUGCUGGAACUGGCCAAGGUGGAGGAGAACAGGCCUGAGUUUGUGCUGUAUGAAAGCAGACUCCUGGAUAUUGCCAUCUCCUCCGUGCUGAACGUAAGCGUGGUGGCCGUCAUCUGCGAAGUACUCUUUCAUCUCGGCAAGUCAUGACAAGAGGUGCUUCGCCUUUAAGACUGUUCUACACCAAUCAUGUGGAUGAGGCACUUUCAUAUUUAUAUUUAAAAUCAAAAGUCGCUUUAUAUAUGAAUAUAUGAAAUAAAUCAAAAUGAAGAGCUUCUGUGUUCAACUCUUUCGUUCGAGGAUUUUAGAAAAAAAUGAUUUUAAUACAGAUAUUUAAUAUUGUCAUUUGAAUGUUUGUCUUUUGCUUAUUUCAUUCUUAUUUUAUUAACCAAAUGUCUGACUUUUGGUUCAGAAGAUUAUCCCCCCCACUAACUCUCAAACCCUCACCCCCACCACCAACGCCCCCCUCC